AUGACGGUCUUCACUGAGGCAGAAGUUUCGAAACAUCACAACGUACACGAUCUCUGGGUAUCGAUCCGGGGAAGAGUUUACGAUGUGACUGGAUAUGUAGAGGACCACCCUGGGGGGAUCGAAGUUUUGAAGGACGUUGCAGGGUCUGACGGUACUGAAAGUUUUGAGUACGUUGGCCAUUCUGAUGAUGCGUACAAAGUACUACAGAGGUUUCAAGUUGGCACUCUUGAAAGUGGUGUACGUUCAGUGUGGCUAGAUCUCGCGAUUGCAAUUGCCCUGCUGAUUCUAUCGACAGAUCGAGGAAGAGGACGCCGAAAAACCGAGCCAAGUCUGGGGUACAUAUCGUGCUCAGCUUAG